AUGGCUACCAUUGGUUAUAUGGAACCAUUUUUCUCUGUACUGUAUGGUACCGCCAUGUCCUCUACUAUCAAGUCGCGGCUGUCCAAUUCAUACCUGAUCGGGGAGAUAUUCGGUAUGUUGUUUUUCGGCGUCCAGAUAGAUCGCAUGGGUCGCCGCACGGGGAUCAUGACAGCCACUGCUCUUUUGGUAUUGGGUGUUGCGCUUGCCACUGCCGCCCAUGGCAAGUCCGAUUUGGGCAUGUUUUGGAUGAUGAUCGUUGCACGAGGAGUUGCCGGCUUUGGUGCUGGCGGCGAAUAUCCAGUUUGUGCCGCCAAUGCUACUGAAGCGAGUGAUGAAACUUCUGAGCUUAGGACUAAGCGAGGCUUUCUCGUCGCAUUGACAACCGAUUUUGCUAUUGAUCUUGGUUUUGUAAUUGCCGGUGUUGUACCUCUGAUUGUUCUUGCAUGCUAUCAUCAAGCUCCUUCAGCAGGAGUGUGGAAAGUAUCUUUUGGACUCGGCGUUGUGCUUCCGGUUGUGAUUUGUUUCUUUCGACUUCGCAUGAUUGAUUCCACUCAAUACCGCAAUCACAGCAUAAAAUCGAAAUACCCAUACCGGCUUAUAUUGAAGCGUUACUGGAAAACAAUGCUCGGUACAUGUCUCGCAUGGUUUUGCUAUGAUUUUGUCACAUAUCCCUUCGGAAUCUUUUCAUCCACCAUAAUUGGACAGUUGAAUCCAAACAAUACCACUGUGGAGAAUAUUGGAUACGGAGUUAACCGUUAUCAAUUGCUUUUAUCUUCGGGUUGUCUUCUCGGAGGUUUCCUCAUGGACCGUAUCGGGCGAAAACAAACCAUGACCCUUGGAUUCAUGAUUUGGGCAAUCUGGGGGUUCAUCUUAGGGGGUGCUAUCCAACCAAUCCAGACUGUGUUCCCUCUCUUCGUCGUGAUGUAUGGAAUCUUCAAUGCCCUCGGCGAAAUGGGACCUGGUGUAGCGACUUUCCUAUGCGCCGCCGAGUCAUUCCCGACCCCGCUCCGUGGACAUUUCCUUGGCUGGGCAGCUGCUGUUGGCAUGGCUGGUACUUCAAUCGGCACGGAGGUUUUUACGCCGAUCCAAAAUUCAUUCUCAUCUACAGAAAAAGGCCAACAGGCCGUUUUUGUGAUUGGCUCUGCAUUCUGCGUCAUGGGUGGGUUGAUUUCUUGGUUUCUCAUUCCAGAUAUGUUGCGCGAGUUGGAGACAGAGGAUCUUCGGUUCAGAAUUUACUUGGAAGAGAAUGGGUACACGUAUGAGGAUGGGAUGAUCGUCUCUGGCCAGGAGACAUCUUAA